GCCUGCGCGGAAGAGUAGCGGUGUCGAGUCAGGCAGUCAGAGAAAACUGCGGUGGCGACCCUCAAACCUAACCAUGAAGACCCGCUUUAGCACCAUUGACCUGCGCGCCGUGCUCGCAGAGCUGAAUGCUAGCUUGCUAGGAAUGAGAGUAAACAAUGUUUAUGAUGUGGAUAAUAAGACAUAUCUUAUUCGUCUUCAAAAACCAGAUUUUAAAGCUACACUUUUACUUGAAUCUGGCAUACGAAUUCAUACUACAGAAUUUGAGUGGCCUAAGAAUAUGAUGCCAUCUAGUUUUGCCAUGAAGGGGAACAUUGUUCUUACAGAUUAUGAGUACCUAAUUUUAAAUAUCCUAAGGUUUCGAACUGAUGAGGCAGAUGAUGUUAAAUUUGCUGUUCGUGAACGCUAUCCAGUUGAUCAUGCUAGAACUGCCGAACCUCUGCUUACUUUGGAGAGAUUGACUGAAAUAAUAGCAAAUGCACCUAAGGGCGAACUGCUAAAGAGAGUUCUUAACCCAUUACUUCCCUAUGGACCAGCUCUCAUCGAACACUGUCUUAUAGAAAAUGGAUUCUCUGGUAAUGUCAAAGUGGAUGAAAAACUUGAAAGUAAAGAUAUUGAAAAAGUACUUGUUUGUCUGCAGAAAGCAGAAGACUAUAUGAAAACAACAUCCAACUUCAAUGGGAAGGGAUAUAUCAUUCAGAAAAGAGAAAUAAAACCAAGCCUGGAAAUAGAUAAACCAGUUGAAGACAUACUCACGUAUGAGGAAUUUCAUCCUUUCUUAUUUUCUCAACAUUCACAAUGUCCAUAUAUAGAAUUUGAAUCAUUUGACAAGGCCGUGGAUGAAUUUUAUUCCAAGAUAGAAGGACAGAAAAUUGAUUUAAAAGCUUUACAACAGGAAAAACAAGCAUUGAAGAAAUUAGAUAAUGUCCGAAAGGAUCACGAAAACAGAUUAGAAGCUCUUCAACAGGCUCAGGAAAUAGACAAACUGAAAGGAGAACUCAUAGAAAUGAACCUACAAAUAGUUGACAGAGCCAUUCAGGUAGUUCGAAGUGCUUUAGCAAACCAGAUAGAUUGGACAGAAAUCGGGUUAAUUGUGAAAGAAGCCCAAGCCCAAGGAGACCCUGUUGCAAGUGCAAUCAAAGAAUUAAAACUACAAACGAAUCAUGUCACGAUGCUGCUAAGAAAUCCAUACUUGUUAUCAGAGGAGGAAGAUGACGAUGUUGAUGGUGACAUCAGUGUUGAGAAAAACGAAACCGAACCAUCAAAAGGGAAAAAGAAAAAGCAAAAGAAUAAACAGCUGCAGAAGCCUCAGAAAAAUAAGCCAUUACUUGUUGAUGUUGAUCUCAGCUUGUCAGCAUAUGCCAAUGCCAAAAAGUAUUAUGAUCACAAGAGAUAUGCUGCCAAGAAAACACAAAAGACUGUUGAAGCUGCUGAGAAGGCAUUCAAAUCAGCAGAAAAGAAAACAAAGCAGACAUUAAAAGAAGUUCAAACCGUUACCUCUAUUCAGAAAGCAAGAAAAGUAUAUUGGAUAGUCUGUACUUUGGUUAUUACAGGAGAGCCCAUCCCCCCACGGACCUUGACUGAAGCUGGCACAAUGGCACUUUGCUACAGUGCUGCUUGGGAUGCACGAGUAAUCACUAGUGCUUGGUGGGUGUACCAUCAUCAGGUGUCUAAAACAGCACCAACUGGAGAAUAUUUGACAACAGGAAGCUUCAUGAUAAGAGGCAAAAAGAAUUUUCUUCCUCCCUCAUAUCUAAUGAUGGGGUUUAGCUUCCUCUUUAAGGUAGAUGAGUCUUGUGUUUGGAGACAUCGGGGUGAACGAAAAGUCAGAGUGCAGGAUGAAGACAUGGAGACACUGGCAAGUUGCACAAGUGAACUCAUAUCAGAAGAAAUGGAACAACUAGACGGAGGUGACACUAGCAGUGAAGAAGAUAAAGAGGAAUUACAUGAAAUUCCUGUAGAAGUGGAACUCGUGACUCAGGUUAACCAAGAGGAUAUUACUGUUGAGAGUGGUGGAGAUGAACUAAAUGAGGAACUAAUUCAGGAAGAAAGCUCUGAAGAUGAAGGAGAAUCUGAAGAGGUUAUGAAAGGUCAGGAUCCUGUUGGUGAAAUGAAGGAUGAAGGGGAAGAGACAUUAAAUUAUCCUGAUACUACCAUUGACUUGUCCCACCUUCAAUCCCAAAGGUCCCUCCAGAAAUUGGCUUCAAAAGAGGAAUCUUCUAAUUCAAGUGACAGUAAAUCACAGAGCCGGAGGCAUUUGUCAGCCAAGGAAAGAAGGGAAAUGAAGAAGAAAAAGCUUCCAAGUGACUCAGGGGAUUUAGAAGUGAUAGAGGGAAAGGACAAAGAAAAAGAAAGUGCUGUACACAUUGAAACCCAUCAGAACACAAGCAAAAAUGUUCCAGCUGUGCAGCCAAUGAAGCGAGGACAAAAGAGUAAAAUGAAAAAAAUGAAGGAAAAAUACAAAGACCAGGAUGAAGAAGAGCGUGAACUUAUCAUGAAAUUGCUGGGGUCUGCAGGUUCAAACAAAGAAGAAAAAGGAAAGAAAGGGAAGAAAGGAAAAACAAAGGAUGAACCUGUGAAAAAACAGCCCCAGAAACCCAGAGGUGGGCCAAGGGUUUCUGACAGCAUUAAGAAAGAAACUCCAUCUCUUGAAGUUAUAACGCAUGAAUUACAAGAUUUAGCUGUAGAUGAUCCACAUGAUGACAAGGAAGAACAAGAUCUGGAUCAACAGGGAAAUGAGGAAAAUCUAUUUGACUCUUUGACAGGACAGCCACAUGCUGAAGAUAUACUACUGUUUGCUAUUCCAAUAUGUGCUCCUUACACCACCAUGACAAACUAUAAAUACAAAGUGAAACUUACUCCUGGAGUUCAGAAAAAGGGAAAAGCUGCAAAAACAGCCUUGAAUAGUUUCAUGCAUUCCAAAGAAGCAACAGCAAGAGAAAAAGACUUAUUCCGCAGUGUAAAGGACACAGAUUUAUCAAGAAACAUUCCUGGCAAAGUGAAAGUAUCUGCACCCAAUCUUCUGAAUGUAAAAAGGAAAUAGCUGAAAUGAAAUCCUAGAAUAUUUAAGAAGAGCCAAUUUUAUAGCCUUUUGGAAGUUCAAAGAUGAAAACGUCAUGUAACAGGACUUCCACAUUUAAAAAUGAACUAAACAUUGCCUUGCUAUAUUCGCCAAAAGGACUUAAUUCUUGUUUUUUCCAGUUUUAUAUAGAGGAAACACUGUCUAUGAUAGGAUUUCCUAAAAUAUUUGUGGACAGGUAAAUGCUAAUUAAUACAUCUGUAGUUAUUCUACAUUUUCUUGAAAUUUGGGAGGUUAAUACUUAGUACUCAUUUCACAAUGUAAA